GGAGGAAAACGCAAAGGGAAGAGCAAGAAGUGGAAGGAAAUCCUGAAGUUCCCUCACAUUAGCCAGUGUGAAGACCUCCGAAGGACCAUAGGACCAUCGAGAGGGAAGAGCUUGGAAGAGAGAGAACUAUUGAAGAUAAAAAACAACAAAAUGGGACCACAGCCCUUCUGUGUGCCAGCAGGCUCAGCCCAAGCCACCACUGAUCCCUGUUCCCGCAGUUUUCAACACAGUCUGUGGGCGAUUUGUCUUCUCAUGUGGGAACCCCUCUCAAAACUGACAAAAGGAGAAAGGCUUUGCUUUACCAAAAUUUGGUCUGCCAGCCCCCGCUCAGUGCUGGGCUGUCUCAUGUACCGCUAUGGCAUUGUCAAAGAAGACCUAGCCCCGGGACAGGGAGCUUCCACACCCACAGAAAACAGCACGUGGGGGAGGCGAGGCUAGAGAAGGAAACCUUCUUAACAACCAGUGACGUGUGAAAGGGGCUGGGGGCCAACCAGAGCCUGGAGUCCAGGCGGAGUGAAGUGAUGCCAAAUGCCUCGCCCUAUCCAAGAAAGAGAUUACUGCAGUUUAUGUGACAAGCAGCCAAUUGGGAGGCUGCUUUUCCGGCAGUUCUGUGAAACCAGACCUGGGCUGGAGUGUUACAUUCAGUUCCUGGACUCAGUGGCAGAAUAUGAAGUUACUCCAGAUGAAAAACUGGGAGAAAAAGGGAAGGAAAUUAUGACCAAGUACCUCACCCCAAAGGGGCUGCCUGCUCCUGUUCACAGUGGCCUGAAGGGCUCUGCUCAGUGCACUGUGGUGCCCAGGAAAACACCUCUGCAGCCUCCAUCUCUUGUUGCCCUACAAGGUGCAUUCUGGUUAACACAGAGCGCAGGAGCUCCCUGGAUCCCCAGAACCUGUGGCUCCUCAGUUUUCAUUGCGCAAGUCGGCCAGGACCUGGUCUCCCAGGCAGAGGAGAAGCUCCUUCAGAGGCCCUGCAAAGAACUCUUUUCUGCUUGUGCGCAGUCCGUCCACGACUAUCUGAGGGGAGAGCCUUUCCACGAGUACCUGGACAGCAUGUAUUUUGAUCGCUUUCUCCAGUGGAAGUGGUUGGAACGGCAACCGGUAACCAAAAACACUUUCAGGCAGUACCGAGUACUAGGAAAAGGGGGCUUUGGGGAGGUCUGCGCCUGCCAGGUUCGGGCCACGGGCAAAAUGUACGCGUGCAAGCGCUUGGAGAAGAAGAGGAUCAAAAAGAGGAAGGGGGAGUCCAUGGCCCUCAAUGAGAAGCAGAUCCUAGAGAAGGUCAACAGUCAGUUUGUGGUCAACCUGGCCUAUGCCUACGAGACCAAGGACGCCCUGUGCUUGGUUCUGACCAUCAUGAACGGGGGCGACCUGAAGUUCCACAUCUACAACAUGGGUAACCCCGGCUUCGAUGAGGAGCGGGCCUUGUUCUACGCGGCGGAGAUCCUGUGCGGCUUGGAGGACCUGCACCGCGAGAACACCAUCUACAGAGAUUUGAAACCUGAAAACAUCCUGCUGGACGAUUAUGGCCACAUUAGGAUCUCAGACCUGGGUCUGGCCGUGAAGAUCCCCGAGGGAGACCUGAUUCGAGGCCGCGUGGGCACCGUCGGCUACAUGGCUCCGGAGGUCCUGAACAACCAGAGGUAUGGCCUGAGCCCCGACUACUGGGGUCUGGGCUGCCUCAUCUACGAGAUGAUUGAGGGCCAGUCGCCAUUCCGCGGCCGCAAGGAGAAGGUGAAGAGGGAAGAGGUGGACCGCCGCGUCCUGGAGACCGAGGAGGUGUACUCCCGCAAGUUCUCCGACGAGGCCAAGUCCAUCUGCAAAAUGCUGCUCACCAAAGAUGCAAAACAGAGGCUGGGCUGCCAGGAGGAGGGGGCCGCGGAGGUUAAGAGGCACCCCUUCUUCAGGAACAUGAACUUCAAGCGCUUAGAAGCCGGGAUGUUGGACCCUCCCUUUGUUCCAGACCCCCGAGCCGUGUACUGCAAGGACGUGCUGGACAUCGAGCAGUUCUCCACCGUGAAGGGCGUCAACCUGGACCACACGGAUGACGACUUCUACUCCAAGUUCUCCACGGGCUCCGUGUCCAUCCCGUGGCAGAGCGAGAUGAUAGAAACAGAAUGCUUUAAGGAGCUGAACGUGUUCGGACCUAAUGGUACCCUCUCACCGGACCUGAACAGAAGUCACCCUCCAGAACCGCCAAAGAAAGGGCUGCUCCAGAGAAUCUUCAAGCGUCAGCAUCAGAACAAUUCCAAGACUUCGCCCAAUUCCAAGACGAGUUUUAACCACCACAUAAAUUCAAACCAUGUCAGUUCAAACUCCACCGGAAGCAGCUAGUUGCGGCUCUGGCCUUGACAUCCAUGGUGGGACCAGCCCAGACCCUUCUCGUUAGAAGCGGAACUUGGGAGCGGUGGGGUUUCGCUCCAGCUGGAAGCACGGGAGCCUCCAGGAGCCGGGGAAGGAGGCCAUUGACCCCCUCGACGCAGAGCCUCUGGUUUCCCCAGAGCUUUCCACUCAGGUCUGUUUCCAGAGGCGGCCCUCAAGCCAGGGUGGAUCGGAUUGGUCUCUGCCGAACAUUGCAAUAGGAAUCCAAUCGGAUGCCACAACUUGCACGUAUUUUAAUAGCGUCAUAACUAGAACUGAAUUUUGUCUUUAUUAUUUUUAAAGAAAAGUUUUGUAAAUUUCUCUAUUGUCUCAGUUUACAUUUUGUAUAUUUGUAUUUAAAUGAGAGUCAGACUUCGAGGGUGUAUAUUUUCUGUGCAGCCACUGUUAAGCCAUGUGUUGUAGACAUUUUAGAGGGGGAGGGGGGAUUUACAAAAAAAAAAAUGUGACUCAAGACUUCCAGAGCCUCAAAUGAGAAAAUGUUUUUAUUAAAUGUAGAAAAUGAUUCACGUUUCACCUGGAAA